UGCCAGGGACUGUCUACAUGAUCAAAGACAGGGAGGUGACGGAGCCCUGCAGACUGGCACAAGGGACCUUGAUCACUCUUGGAGGUGUCCGUCCACAAGUUCCGUUUCAACCACCCAGCAGAGGCUGAGGUCAUGAGAGAACGGAGACAGGCCAGUGAAGGUGCACUGAACUGCAGCUACAAUGAUUUUCAAGCCUUGACCUCUGAUUCCAGGGCUGGAGGAGAGGCAGUCCAGGGGCAGACGGGUGACCGUGGGGCUGAGGGGAAGGAGCCUCCCCCCAGGCAGCAGUGUAUUGAGGACCAGCUGCGGUGCAUGGAGGAGCAGAGGGGGUAUGUGGAGUGUCUACGCCAAGAAAUCCAGACUGAACAGAGACGAGCUGAGAGAGAUCUAGAGAAAGAACAGGCCCAUCUGAGACAACGACACACUGACAAUGUAUGUCUGGCGCCUGGUGUGUCAGGGUAUGACCCUCUGAUGUCAUCCUCACCAUCAUCUCCUACGAACCUACGACAGCGCACCUCCUCUUUUGGCUCCGCCUCGUCCAUAUCGACAGCCUAUCAGGACUUCACUUCCUGUCUGCUUGGUCGAGCUAUGGCUGAGGUGCGUUUGGCUGCUGCUAGUGACAUGGGGAACCUAGUGAUGGGGAAAGCUGCAGCUGGUUGGAGGUACCAGGGUGUGGAGCGAGGUGUCCAGGCCUUCUACAAGCCCUCCUCCAGCCCAUCUGUGCACUGUUUCCUUGGGGCGGUGGAGCUGGAGAGGCCCCUGGCCAGCCUGUGGAGCAUGGUCCGAGACCACUCCAAGACCCACCUGUACCAUGAGGCUAUCCGGUCUGCCUGGACACGACCACUAGAUGACAGCACUCAGUUGGUCUACCUGCUGACAGACCCAUCCAGCUGCCACCUCAAACAGCCCAGAGACUUCUGCUGCAUCAGCACCCAGUCACAACAGGAUGAGCUAUGUGUGCUGGCCAUGCAGUCGGUCUUCGAGGAGUCUCUCCCUCGGCCCAGUGUAGAGGCUGUCCGAGGGGAGAUGUUGCCUAGCGCCUGGGUCCUUCAGCCAAUCACACGCCACGUCCGAGAGGUCGUCAGGGUUAUCUACCUACUGCAGGUGGACCUGGGCACUCCAUCCCUUCCUCAGAGACUGUUGGGAUCAGUGGCUAGGAGACAGGCGUCCGUCCUGGCUGAGCUUGACUCCCUUUUCUCUUUGUGAGACUGACAGCAUGGUCAGGGUCGUGUUCAUUAGGCACGAAAAGGAAGAAAACAGACUGAAACAAGGAGGGACUAACUGGACUUUUCCAAUAAGAAAUGCACAUUUUCUUUUUCCAUUGCAAAACAUGUUGCUACAAUGUGCCCCAAUGAACACAACCCAGAUCAGCUGUCCAAUUAGAACACAGAUUUCGUCUCUCAUUGCAAAACGUUUUGCUAUGGUGUGCCCUAAAGAACAUGCCCCCAGGUUAAUGGUCACACACGUCGCAGUGAGCACUUAGACAUAAGUCCUGAAUCUGAUAUGAGAUCUGUCUCUAUUGUAAUUUGCAAUGUAUUUACUUGAUUGUAUCCUUACGAAGAGCACUGAUGACAUUGAUUUUGUGAUACUAAGUAUCAUGCAGCUUGUUUAUAUCUAAACAUAACUGUGUUUUGUGUUUAAAAUGGUUCAUUGAAGACCUGUGUUUAAUGUGUAUGAUUAUACCAAUCUUUUAAGUUUAUUGCCAAAGAUUGAGUGGUCUAGACUGGCUGUCAGGGAGGGUUGAGGAUGUGGCUCCUAUGUUUGACCCAUACAACACAUCUUACUGUGUCACUGCAACGUCUGACCAGAGUAACACCAGGCCCUAAAUGUUUACAAUUCCACAUAUUUUUCAUAAUAACACGGAUUUAUAUCAAAUGCAAAAUGAUCGUUAGUCUCCUGUUGCUCAUUGCUGUAUUUAAUCUAUCUGUAAGCCUCAGUUGUACUACUUCCCUAGUUACUGAUUUAUGAUACAAAGUGAUCAUUUGUCUCCCAUUUCACUGUCCUCCCAGCCUAAGAAUGAACCACUUUUAUAAUGACCACUUAGUGACAUAAUUGUUUUCUCCAGCAUCCUGUGUUAAUGUCUCAAGGCACAGCACACUUUACCAAACUCACUACCCAACCUUUUAAAAGCCAUAUUAUGUGUUUUGUUGACUGUUCAGGACAUUAUUUUUCUGUAGUUGUAGUACUGCAGUGUCACAGUAAGAUGAUCCCCAGGGGAACCAAAUAAGAAGGAACUGAUAUGAAGGAUAUUAACCGAGCAAAAAAAGAAAUGUCCCUUUUUCAGGACCCUGUCUAUCAAAGAUAAUUCGUAAAAAU